AUGAACGAGGUUUUCCAGGAUAUGAUCAACCGCUUUCUAAACAUCUACAUUGACGACAUCCUGAUUUACUCCUACUCCCUGAAGGAACACAUACAGCAUGAGCAAACAGUUCUUCAACGGCUCCUUGACCAUAACCUUUAUGUGAAGACUGAAAAGAGGGCCUUCAAUGUAACCUCGGUAAACUUCCUCGGCUUCGUACUGAAACUUGGAGGGGUCAGCAUAGAUGAGAGCAAAGUCACCGCCAUCAGUGAGUUUGGGGAGGUGUGCAGUGGUCGUCUGCGUCUGCCCAGUAAGAAGGAGAUCUGUGUGGCAAUCAAGACGCUGAAGGCAGGAUACACCGACAAACAGAGGCGGGACUUCCUGUCCGAGGCAUCAAUCAUGGGACAGUUUGACCAUCCAAACAUCAUCAGGCUGGAGGGAGUGAAACAUGAUGCCCAGUUUACUGGUAUCCAGUUGGUGGGCAUGCUGCGUGGCAUCGCGUCGGGCAUGAGGUACCUGUCUGACAUGGGUUACGUCCACAGAGACCUGGCCGCUCGUAAUAUCCUGGUGAACAGCAACCUGGUGUGUAAGGUGUCUGACUUCGGCCUGUCCAGAGUCCUGGAGGACGACCCCGAGGCUGCUUACACCACACGGGUAAGACAUGGUGCGUGGACAGCUCCAGAGGCCAUCUCCUACAGGAAGUUCACCUCGGCCAGCGAUGCCUGGAGCUACGGUAUCGUGCUCUGGGAAGUGAUGUCAUACGGGGAGCGGCCUUACUGGGAGAUGUCCAAUCAGGACGUGAUCAAAGCGGUGGAUGAGGGCUACAGACUGCCUCCUCCUAUGGACUGUCCUGCAGCUCUGUACCAGCUGAUGUUGGACUGCUGGCAGAAGGAGAGGAACAACAGACCCAAGUUUGAACAGAUCGUCAGCAUCCUGGAUAAACUCAUACGCAACCCUGGGAGCCUGAAGAUCACAGCCAACACCUCAUCCAGGCCAGCCAACCUGCUUCUGGACAGGAGAAGUUCUGAGGUGGUUCCAUCGUUGGACACCAUGGGGGAUUGGCUGGACAGCGUGAGGACUCUGCCCUGUAAGGCCUUCUCCGGGGUCAGCUACAGCUCCUGUGACACCCUGCCCAAGACCUCCGCAGAAAUUUGUCUGACAAAGGUCCAGCACCACGUCACAGCAGCCACCUGCCCAGAGUGGGAGCCUUCAAUGGGGAUCACCACCCUCUAACCCCCCCUCCUCUCCAUCCCCUACUCCAGAGACACCGGAUGGUGGGUGGACCACUGUGC